AUGGAGAGCCCAGAAGACAAGCUGAUUUUUAAGCUCUUGUUAACGAUACCCACCGACGACUCAUACUAUAACGCUCAUUUCCAGGUUGGAAAGUCUGAAAACCAGGUAGACUUGCGGCUAGAUUUGAUCCAGCCGGAAGUCUGGGUCAUGAACGAUAAUGCGUUCUUUGACUGUGACCAUAUUGAUGAAUGGUGGAGUUCAGAAGAAAAGGCAUACAGUCAAUCCUCAGACUUGCCAGCACUGAUAACCACUGAAUUAGAAUACUUGGCUACAGUAUGUGGGCAAGGGGGCCUCUACACACUGUCUACUGGCACUGCCAUGCCUACUGCCACAGUUGAUGGCCUAGAAAACGGCGACCCGUACUUAAUUCCGUAUAUCAACGUAAUUGAAGCAUCAGGAGUAUUUGCUACCGACGAUAUACGAUUCAAUCUCUCGACGGGUGCCCUGUUUUUGAUGCCUAACUUUACGUUUCUCAACGUUAACCACACCAACAUGUAUUUCGGAGGAUUGGGAGUGGCAGGAAACCCACGAGGCUCAGGUUUUCUCGAUACUCUAACUGAGAGAGGAAUCAUCAAGUCUUCAGGUUACUCCCUUUGGUUCAAUAACCAGACUGGUACGGAUGCUCUUGGGCAGUUGAUACCAGGUGUUGUAGAUUCCAAAUACUAUGACGGCGACUUCUAUGUGUUUGACAUGUUGCCUCACUCUGGUAUCCGUUUUCCUGUGGCAGAGCAAUGGGCCAACAAUGUGUUGGAUGGGUUGAUUUUGCCAACGUUGCAGAUCGACGAUGUUCGUGUAGUAAAUCUGAACAGCAAACAGAGUCUCUCGUUAAAGUCGCUGAACGAACCCAUUCCGAUCAUAUUGGACUCAAGGUCUACGUAUAAUUACCUUCCCCUAGAUGUUAUUGUAAAUUUGGCCAUCCAGCUCAAUGCUUACUACAGUAACGAAGCUGGAAGAUGGUUGGUAGAAUGUGACACUGUAGCUGAUUCGGGAGGAUUGUUCAGUUUUGUAUUCGAAGGUUUGCAAAUCAGAAUCCCACUUUCGGAGUUCAUGUCUGAAGCCUACUUUCAGGGAAGUCUCUUGAAAUUCUCCUCUGGUGAAAGAGCCUGCUAUUUGUCAGUCUUACCUACAGAUCUGAACGGUUUCAACCUGCUCGGAUUGCCGUUUAUCAAGAACAUCUACCUUGCUGUGGAUAACGCUGGACAGCAGAUAGCCUUGGCCAAUUCAAAUAGAAAUCUUGUAUUGGAGAAGGACGAUUUCUCUGCAGUAGAUAGCACAUUCUCCCAGACUACAACGGUUGCAGCUGGAGGUUCUUCAAGCGCACGAAACGCGUCAGUUUCGAUUGCAUACAUUGAAUCCGGAUUCAUUCCGUUUGCUACUAAAGUCAACAAUACUUCUGAGCAAGAGUUGACCUUCACCUUUUCUACAGUUAGCGACAGUCUGAAUAAUGCAGUAUUGGAUAUUCCAGCAAGGUUCUCUGGUGCAAUCAUCAGAAGUGGGGAGAUCAUCGUGACUGGAGUUCAGACAGGGACAGGUAGUGGUGCAUUCAGCACUACCACGAUCCUUCUACCAGGAAUGGCUAGUGCUGCAAGUGAAAGAACAACCAUCAUAAGUUCACUAUUUAACCAGGACUAUAAUUUGCGCAACUCUAUGUCGUCACCAUCAUCCGUAGUGUCAUUGGUGGGAUCAAUGUUUUCUAUAUCGUCAUUUCUGGCCUUGAGACUCACAUAA